CGCCGCGCGCUCCGCGGCCCCGGAAGCGAUUGUGUCACUUCCGGGUGGUUGUCAGUGACGCUCUCGAGCUGUCGUCAGGGUCUUCCAAGCGGGUUCCCCGGCUGGAUCCGGACUCGCGGGCCAAGCUCCUGCUAGCUCCGCGCCAAGAUUGCGAGAUUGGUGUGCUUUGUAUAUUUUGGAAAAAAGCUGCUGAAGACACUGACGAAAAGGCAGCUCUUCUACUGACACCUCAGAAGGAAAUAAGUUACCACCUACGUUAGGAUUAGAAGGCCAGCUCAUUCUUAGAAUCUUCUGAAACAAAAUUAGGAUGGAUUGGGGAGAUGAAUAUCCCCACAAUUCUUUUGACCUACAUUGUUUGUUAAAUUCAUUUCCUGGAGACUUGGAGUUUAAGCAGAUCUUCAGUGAUAUUGAUGAAAAGAUAGAACAAAAUGCUCUCAGCAUAGAACGUUGCAUUAAAGAAAUACAGUCUGAAGUUAACAAACAGUGUCCAGAUGUACAGCUGCAAACGAUGACUGACUGCUUUGAAUGGCUAAAUAAUUAUAAUUAUAAUUCAUCCAAGUCACCGUCCAUUCCCCAUGGAGAUCUGAUAAAAUUUCUCAAAAUACUGCAAGAUUUGUUGAAGAAUGAACAAAAUCAAGAAGAGAUGGUAUUGAAUUUACUUUGGGACCUCUCCUGCCAGAGCAGUGUUUCAUUCCCAUCCACUGUAAGUGGAGCAUCUUUCCAUUUCCUCUCUAGGGCUUCUCUUCAUUCUGUUGAAGAUCAUUCCUCAAUGGAUGUAAAGUCUGUAUGGGAUGAUAUAAGAUUACAUCUUCGACGCUUCUUAGUGAACAAAUUACAAAGCCACAAUGAAAUAAACAAUUCACAGCAAAAAAUUCUGUUGAAAAAUCAGUGCAUACAGCAACUCUUAUUUCUUUAUCCAGAAUCAGAAGUUACAAGCAAGUACCAAAGCAUACAGAAUAAACUGCUGACCAAACUUCUGCAGAACUGUUUUCCUUCUUUUAGCAGAGAAUCAAAUUUAGACAUAAUGGCUGAUACAUACCAAGGUACAAUGCUUAAGUUAUACUCAAUGAUAAAAGAGGAUUUUAACACACUACAUGAUAUUUUAGCUCCAUCCUCAACAGUGAAAUUCAUUCAAGAAACUUACCUGGAUACUGUUACAGAAGAAAUGGCAAAAUUUCUUGAAAAUUUUUGUGAGCUGCAGUUCAAAGAAAGUGCUGCCCGUGUGGUUAAAACAAGCAAGAGCUCCAGCAGGCAUAGAGGAACAGUGCAUGCUUUGGUUACUCCUGAAUACCCACAGAAAGGAAGAAACUUUUUCCUCACCUUAGAUGAACUCAAGUUCUUAUCACAGCUAGUAAAAUCACUUUUGAAGUUGGAAAAAAAUGUCCAGGAGUUGUUUGAAGAAAUGUUCUUAUGGUUCAGGAUACCCAGGAAUACUUCAGGAAUUUGGGAGACAUCCAAUAGAGAAUUUGUGAUAGAGAAACCUAGAACAAAUGAGACCAGAAUUCCUUCAGAGCAGUUGCUACCAGUAACAGAGGCUACUUUAUUAGAUUUUGGCUGGAGAAAUGCAUUUAUAAAAGUAUCUCUUCCCACGGCACGUUGUAUAACAACAGCCAUUGAAGAUUUUUCUGCAAAGAUUCUCCAGCAGGAACAGAAUGAAAGGUCUUCAACUCUGAGCUAUGCUUUGAACCUUGUAAAUGUCCAGCAAGUUUGGCAAGAUAGCUGUGUGGUUCCUGAAGCAGACCAACCAAAGAAAAUUGCAAAGUUUUGUUCUGACAUCAUGGAAAAACUUGACAUAAUGCUUCCACUGGCUCUGGCAUGCAGAGAUGAUUCUUUUCAGGAAAUUAGAGCAAACUUUGUGGAGGCCUGUUGUAAAGUGGCAACAGCUGUCCUGGCCAGACUGCAAGAGAGAAGCAAGGAGUUUCCCUCCAAAGCACCCCUGAAAAACCUGCACACGCUGCUCUCCACGGCUGUGUAUGUCUUCCAGCAUUUUAUCCAAUAUGAUCGUGUGAUGAAAGAAAAUACUAAGAAACCCAUAUUCCUGGUGCCUAUCCAACGAUACCAGGAAUUCAUCAACAGUCUGCAGUUUCAGGUUACGGACUACUGCGUCAGAGUUUGUGCUACAAGCAUUUUACAGGACGCUGAGAGCCACCACUGGGAUGACUACAAAGCUUUUUAUGAGGGGGAAAGAUGCUCCUUCUCGCUCCAGAUGUGGCAUUAUUUCUUCUGGGCGCUUCAUCACGACCUCUGGACCAUCCUGCCCCCGAAAUUAGCCCAGGAGAUACUAGCAGAAGUGCUGGAGAAGUCUUUGGGUCUCCUGGCCUCCAGAUAUGCCCGGGCCCAUCCCAGUUAUAAGAGAACCCUACAGAUAAGACUUGAUGUCACAACAAUUUUAAUUUGCACUGAGAACAUGUUAUGGUCAGUUUGCACGUCUGUACAGAAGCUUUUGAAUCCUCAUGCAUAUGAAGAUGAUAAAAUUUUUAAAAUUCAUACCCACUGUAAUAAUCUCUUCAUAACAUUAGUUAUUCUGACUUCACCAUUAACAGAAUUACACCAGACUUUCCAGCAUGGCCUGGGCGAUUCUUCUUCAGAUUCCUUGAAGCCAGUUUUCAAGCAACCAUUACAUUGGCUUUCUUGCAUAACACAUUUCUACCCUUCUUUACUCAGGACUCCAUCAGCUGGACGACUGACAGCCGAGGGUCAACUGAAACUGCUCUUAUCCCAGCCAGGUUGUAAUCGGAACCUGCUUCUGGAAACCCUACUGCAUCACGAUGGUCUUUUACUAAGAAUCUUGCUAAAGAGCUCAAAAUGUACCUUUCAAGAACAAGGUUCCAAUACAGAAAAUAAUCUGAACCAAGGAUCCAGUUUGAUAGAAGCUAUCUUUCAAGUAUUGUACCACUGCACUUUCUCUCCACAAACAUUUGGAAACGUCUUUGUGAGUUACAUGGAAGAAGAACAAUUAUGGGACUGGUUAUAUAACACUCCAGUGUCAACACGCAGAGAGUCCGAGGUAGAGGUCAUCCGAUGCCUGAGACUUGCCCUGACCCAGGCCCUCAAGGACGUCGUGCGGCAGGUAGUAUCUGUGAUGAGCUCUGGGAGCAACUGUGAGAUGAACCUUAACAGGCACAGUGUUCCUGAAUGUCUGCGUGACAGCAUUCCCAAAGAAUGGAAUUACAUUCCAAAAGACACCAAAAGGAAAGAAUCAAGCAAAGGCUUCACAAGGCUUGCUGCUCAGGCAGUAUCUAUUGUAAUCAGCAAGUUACCUACGGUGAUUGCAUGUUUGCCUCCCCCAAUUAAAUACUUCUUUUUUCUGUCUGAGAGAAAAAUGUCAGAAAACUUGGUUGAAUUGAAGAAAGCUGGCCUGCUUGUCUGGAACUUGAUUGUAAUUAUAUGUCGGAUAUUUGAGGAUGGAAACACUGUGGAACUUUUAACAGGUGCCUCCCUUGACAGAUGGAGUAAAGAGAAACUCGGUUUAGUCUGUGUGUGUUUGGAAAGCAUCAUGGGAGAGCAGACGGGUAGCCCUAAUCAAAUGACCCAAAAGGUUAUACGGAGCAUCGAGCAGCAGAAACCCAACUGGAUUGAAUGCCAGUUGUUGAAAGCAAGGAAACUGAGCACCGAAUGUGCAUUUAUGACAAUAGAGAAAAGCACAGCCUUAGAAGAAGGAGAUAUCGCUCUUGAACUGACUGAGCAGAAAAUAAACAUGAUGAUCCUGGAUAUCUGCCACAAACCAGGUGGCAGCGAAUACCUGAGGCAAAUUUAUCACAUCAUGCGGCUCAAUGAGGAAUAUUUAAAAGAACAGCUGUUUUCUAUGAAUGGUUCAGAAGAAAAGCCAUUACCCAUCCAACCUUUAAAGACGACCUUGAGGAGUGUGGAAGAUCAACCUUCUGCCUUUAACCCUUUCCAUGUGUACAAAGUGUUCAGUAAAAACAUGCUUGAUCAGUCAGCCAUCACAAAAUGGAACUGGAAUUGGUCAAAGUUGCUGCCAAAUUAUCUGGGACUGGAUAAGAUGACCUUCAGUAUACUGCUCAAAAACAGGUGGGAAAUGAGGAAGGAUGAAAAACUAGAAGAGGAAGAAAAAGCAAUGCUGGAACAUCUAAAACUUAUGUGCACCAUCCAGGACUCUUCUGCCUCAGAUAAGACAGAGGAACAGUAAUCUGCAGAAAACAGCAACAGCUUUAUUUUAGGAAAUGAUCACAUGUAAUGGAGUAGGCUUUCUACUCUGGUCAGAGUGAACCUCUGAAGUGCUGUGAAGCAUGAAAACCAUGAGUAAUCGCUGAGCUGAAAAGGAAUACAGCACAGAAAGAAUAAAAUGCUAUGUAUUGUUCAUUUUAAAAAUAAUUUCAAAUGUUUUUUCUUUCCUCAGUCUUUCUCUUAAUAUGAUAUAACUGCUGCCAUCUCGUGUUCCCUUUGAAUUACUUUUUUUUUUUCCUUCAGUCUUCAAGUAUCUAUGACAACAGGCAAAAUGUUUGGAAAUCUUUUCCCUAAGGAUUUUUAAAUGCAACAUUUGAAUGUUAAGUUGGAAUCACUUGGCCCCUUGAGGGUCAUCUGAAAAGUUCAAAUUAAUUUUGUAGCCAUAACCCAAGUCCAGAUCUUGACUGCCUUUAAUAUCACCACUGUACCAGUCUCUUUUUCCCAUCGCUUCUUCCUCAUCCAAUUUAUUUUAAUCAGAGCCACAAAAAGCAUUCUCUUGAAGUAUAACUUUAGUAAUAUCUAUGCCUAUGGCGGGCUUCAUUGGUGGCUCAGUGGUACAGAAUCCAUCUGCCAAUGUAGGAGUUGCUGGUUAGAUCCCUGGGUCGGGAAGAUCCCCUGGAGAAGGAAAUGGCAACCCACUCCAGUAUUCUUGCCUGGAAAACCCCGUAGACAGAGGAGCCUGGCAGGCUACUGUUGAUGGGUUCGCAGAGUCAGACACAGCUUAGUGACUAAAUAGCAACAAUCUACGUGUCUAUAGUGAUUUUUCAAGCAUCACAUUCAAACUUCUAAUCAUAUGCUUUCAGAACCUGUACCCAGAGGCGCCAAGUUCAAGGAACUGCCUCUCAUCUGAGCCACACACCUGUCAUAUUUCCCAACAAGAAAUCUUCUUUCUCCCAAAGUCAUGUUCAAAACUCACUCUAGCAGUUCAUUAUCUGUAAUUUCAGAGUUUCUGUUACUUCUCUUAUUUCCAUUACAUUGAUGCACACAUGCACAGACACGCAAAGAAAUGGAAUAUGUUCUAGUGCCUUCUAUGCCAAGUAAAGUUGUAUUUACUAUAUCCUUCCGAUCGGUGCCUGAUAUUAGAUUAAAAAGACAUCGAAGGCUCUAUGAUGUAAUUUGAAGACUCCCUUUAUAACAGUAGUCACCCCAAAUGUCUGCUAUAGAGUUAUUCAUCUAGUGGACAGUUAAUAAACACAAUUGCUUAAAUGGCUGUCAUUGUGGGAAGACAGCAAAGACAAUUAAACUGUUGAGCAAACUAUAGGACAUCUGGGAGAAGCCCUAUAUCACGAAUUAUUUUAGACCAUAUGACAUUGAACAUCAUAGUUUCCGAGGUUCUCAGGUUCUUCAGGCCCUCACAUUCUGUGAUUUUUAUAAGCUGUGUAUAGGCUACCUAAUUUCCAAAGGAAAGUACUUGAGCAUUUUGCAAAGACUGAAGCUUGGCAGAGGCCACCUUAGAAAAUCUCUUGCAUUGUUUCCUUACAUAAAAACACAUGAAUGGCCAUGUAGUCAGCUGCUUGCCAAAUAACACAUUUUUUUUUCAAAGAAUUUUACUUUGGUUGACCAGUAUAAUCAUAAGCCAAGUGUUCUAAGACAUGGUUGAAGUAAUUUCUAAAAAUUCUAUUGAAGACCAUUUAAAAACUGGUAAGAAACUUUUGUGAGAAUUAGACUUUCUGUAUAGUCUUACCUAUUAACAGUUACUAUAACAACCAACAUAAGGCAACAGUUGACUUUUAUUCCUUCAGCUUAUGGAUGUACUAAUGCUGCGUAACUAUGUUUUAUUAGAAUAGACACUAAGGGCUUCCCUGGUGGCUCAGUGGGAAAGAGUCUGCCUAUCAAUGCUAGAAUAGACACUAAAAUAGUUAAAAAGACUGAUCCAAAAACUAAGUAAAAUCAUCUUAUAAAGUUAUAGGAUUUCACAUUUGGGUUCUUUUGCCUAAUAUAUCUAAAGAUCAUCUGUUAACACUAUUUUUAAUUGAAUCUGUGCAUUUCUGUAUUAAUCCUGGAAAGUGAUUUAGUUUGUAUUAAAAAAAAGUUCUAUAUGGCUCCCUUUCAAAAGGAAAGAUAUAUAAUAUGGAGAGAAUGAGAUGAGGUGAAAGGAGACAAGAGUUUUCACUUGAUUUCUGGUCUGCAUGGUUCUAUUAAAUUACUGUAGUUAUAAGUGCAAUAAAUUUAUUUUUUCUUAAAUUUUUAAUUGGAGGAUAAUUACUUUACAAUACUGUACCGGUUUCUGUCAUACAGUGUGAGUCAGCCAUAAAUAUACAUAUGUCCCCUCCCUCUCGAACCUCCCUCCCACCCCUUUAGGUUGUCACUGAGCACUGGUUUAAGCUCCCUGUGUUAUAAAGCACCUUCCCACUAGCUCUGUAUUUUACAUAUGGUCAUGUAGACAUUUCAGUGCUACUCUCUCAGUUCGUCCCACCUUCUCCUUCCCCUGCUAUGUCCACACGACUGUUCUGUAUGUUUGUCUGCAUUUCUGUCCCUGCCCUGCAAAUAGGCUCAUCAGUACCAUUUUUCUAGAUUCCAUAUAUAUAUAUAUAUGUUAAUAUAUGAUACUUGUUUUCUCUUUCUGACUUACAUCACUCUGUAUAACAGGCUCUAGAAC